GUCCAUUUGUAGCUCUUGUGAGUAAUGCAUGGGAUCAAUCUGACAGUGAAUGUAUCAGAGUCUGCUGCAUUCAUUAGUUUUUUACAACCUGCAACUAAUCAUUUUCCAUUGAGACCUUUCCGCAAGCAUGUUUGGAAAUAUUUAAAGAAGCAAUUGAUAUGAUCCUUAUUCUGAAGCGAAAUCCAGUCUUUGAAUAAUCUUCCAAAAGUUCUGAGUACUGUAAUUGCAUUUGCAAGCGACUACUGCCUGAAGGUGGUACUGAGGAACUGCGAAUGGAAACAAACAAUUGUAUGAUCAUCCGUGAACAUUCUUAACCAGUGCCGUUGAAGAUGGUUGGGUCCAGGACACUGCCCUGAGUGACUGAUGCAGCCAUGUCUGAUAUUAUGCCCAUAUUUUGACUAAGGCUGUGACAGGUCUGGAGCUACCUAGUCCCGGUGAUACCCAAACUAAACAUCAGUCAGCAGCUUAUUGGAGAGUCAGGGCCAGGCUAAGGCAUCUGUUGUGGAGUGGUUCUGUCGGUCAGCAUAUAGACAAAAGCCGAACUAACAUAAAAUGCACAGAAAUUGAAAGGCAUUUGAAUGAGAAAAUUGUGAAGAAAUUGAUGAAGAAAAAUUCCAAAAUGUUAGUCGUGCUCUACCUGGUGGCCAUUGUGUACUGUGUAACUAGCCAAUCUCUUCUGAUUAAACUCAAAGGAGAGCGGAGAUACACCAAUAGCAUUCCCAAAUUAAUAUGUAGUGCUCCUGGCUUUCCCGGACUCCCAGGGCCAUCAGGAGCAAAUGGAACACCUGGCCCACAUGGGCACAUUGGAUUACCAGGCAGAGAUGGGAGAGAUGGAAGACCGGGUGAAAAGGGUGAGAAAGGGGCAGCAGGGAUAAGGGGGAAAACUGGACAUGAUGGACACUUGGGUGAUAAAGGGGAUAAAGGACCAGCUGGGAAAGCUGGAAUUCGAGGGCAGGGUGGCUUGAAAGGAAAAUCAGGACCCACAGGAUCUUCAGGACCAAAAGGAAACAAAGGACAGAAAGGAGACCCUGGACCCCCUGGUGUUUGUAAAUGUGGGAGCUUGGUACUCAAAUCUGCCUUUUCUGUUGGCAUAACUACCAGCUACCCAACAGAAAGAACACCCAUUAUAUUCAAUAAAAUCCUCUUAAAUGAGGGUGGUCAUUACACCCCUUCUUCUGGAAAGUUUAUAUGUGCCAUUCCAGGGAUUUAUUACUUUUCUUAUGAGAUUACCCUGGCUAAUAAACAUCUUGCACUUGCACUAGUGCAUAACGGUGAAUAUCGUAUAAGAACCUUUGACGCUAAUACAGGAAAUCAUGACGUAUCUUCAGGAUCUACUGUAAUGUACCUGAAGCCAGAAGAUGAAGUGUGGCUGGAGAUCUUUGAAUAUGAACAAAAUGGUCUAUUUUCUGAUCCUAACUGGACUGACAGUUUAUUUUCUGGGUUUUUGCUUUAUGCUGAUGCUGAUUACCUGGAUGCUUUGGCAGAAGAUGAACUUUAGUACAAAAAGGGCCAUAUAUUUUAGUUUGAUUUGCAAGUCAUUUGUCAAGAUACAUCAUAAAUAUUUAAUGGUAAAAUUUAGCCAUGUUUGAAAUACAUAAAAUUGUUCUAUUUCUCACUGGGUGCUCUACUUUGGAAUUCAAAUGGAAUUUGCCUACUAAAUAUUGCCCAAUCUUGUUUCAUUUUCUAGUGGACUUAAUUAGAAGUGGGGUAUUUGGAAUAAACCCUGAUAAUGAUAUUUCACAUAUCCAGUUCAAAAAUACAGGCACAAUUACAAGUUUUCACAUUAGUAUGGCUCAGAAGUUUUCAAAGACAGUGUAAACAGCCCUGAUAUCCUGAAUAUCCAAAACUUAAAUAUCAUUCAAUUGAAACUACAUUUUACAUUUUUGUUUAUUGAUAUCAUUUGAAUCAGGUUUUAGUUUGAUUUAGGGCCAAUUACACUUUUUUUUUAAUUGCAGCUUAUUUGGCAAGUUCUCCAAUGACUGAAAUUUGCUUUUCUUUAUACAUAAAACAAUGAUGAAUUUUGCUUUUCCCAACAGAUCCAUACCCUGAAUUCUCUUAACAUCAUUUGUUAAUUUGGUAGUAGUAACUCUAUUUUAAUGAAUUAUGCCAUAUUUUAUGCAAACCAAUGUUUUAUGGAAAGGUGGAAAAUGGGCUUUCUAUCCAAUAUAUAUGAUGCUAAUGUAUGUUUUAUUCAUAACAACAAAGGCAAAGUCACAAGGGUUUCAUUUUUUUUCCAUUUCCAUGGUUAUAAAAAACAGCAGAUAUCAUUAAUCAGAUAUCAGCAAGUAAAGUGCACAAAAGAAAUUCAAGUGUGGAAAAUCACGCAUCUAUAUUGAAUUCUAUCAGGACAGUUUUCAAUUAAUUUGAUAUUUUACAACACAGCAGUAAAGACAAAUCAGGAUCUCUUGAACUGAUAGCUUGGAAUUUUUCCUCAAUUAUCUUGAGGAGUCAGCUUGAAUUGUUGCAGGGUAGUAAAUUCCCUGACCCAUAAUUCAUAAUGGAGCAGUGCAAUCAGAGGGUGGAUAGGUUGGAAACAGGUAGCAAACUGUGCUGCUCUGAUACUCUUACUCUGUCUGCAAACUCCCACUGGCAGCUAGGAUUGGUGAAAUUUGUUCAUGAAUUUUAUUUCAAAAUGCUAAUCAAUUAUACAAUGAAAAUAAUAUUUCAAUGAUAUAUGAUGAGAGAAUGGCUUUUUCAU